UUUCAGAGCAUUACCGAAUAAUAUUUCGAUUGUUCCGGCAAGCGAAAAUCAGUUUCGUAUUUCAAGUGAUUCACUUCAAUUAGUUGCGGAUAUUUUAAUUUAUAAUUUAGAAAAUCUUCUUUUGAAAUGAUUCAAUGAAAGGACGCAAAGAGACGAGAAACGUACCAGCUGGUUACGGACGUGUGUCGCUAUCGCAUCUGUCGAUUCGCUACGGAAUAUUAUGUGUAACGCCUUGGUCAUGGCGUUGUAAAUUAUAUUGCAAUGGUGCAAACUGCAAAUACUGUUCAUGGAAAUCGUGGUCCCUGAAUGAGCAAGCUAUCCGAGGGUUAUAUUCCUCAUGGAUAACUGGAAACAUUGUGGCAAUGUCUCGACCGACUGUUAAAACAUUUACUGAUGAUAAUCUCAUCGCUCAGUUCCGCAAAGUAAACAUUUGUGCAGUCAUAAAUCUACAAAUGCUUGGUGAACAUGAUUCCUGUGGACCGGAGCUACUUCCUUCUGGUUUCACAUAUAACCCGGAAAUACUGAUGCAGAACGGAAUACAGUUUUAUAAUUUCGUUUGGCCGGACUUCGGAGCUCUUGGAAUUGACAUUCUUUUGGACAUUGUGAAAGUUGUUCACUGUUCUCUCAGACAAGGAAAGGUAGCAAUACACUGUCAUGCAGGGCUUGGCCGUACGGGUGUUGCCAUUGCUGCUUAUAUGAUCUGGGCCCAACAUUUCACAUAUGCAGAAGCCAUCAGUCGUGUUAGAACUGCAAGGCCAAAUUCGGUGCAGAGCAAAAACCAGAUAAGAUUGGUGAAGGACUUCGAGAUGUUUCUGAAGAAACAUGGUGCGGCUUUACCUCAAACAGGAAUGAUACAAUUAAGUGAUUACAUACAAAUGCAAGUGAAAAUUCUCUCCAGCAGUCAAGCCCGAAAGUAUCAUCAUAUUCCUAAGGUGUUGCAUGCAGCGAUGGAAGAACUGCUGCUCGUUGUCCAUGGCGAACUCGAUGGCAGGACUAGGCGAUGGAUUACAAAUAUCCUAAAAUGCACAUCAAGGAUUGAUCGAGAAUUUCUGGAAAAGUGGCCAGCACGAUUGCCAGUACCAUCGAAAGUGAAAUCACAGGAGAUUGACAUUUGUAUAUGCGGAGUGAUGGAGAAUUGUGGUGAAAUUUUGGACUCAAGCGGUAAAGAUGCAAAAAUAAUCAAAGAUGGUUCAUUCAAAAUGAAUAACUGCACAAAAUUUAUACGUACUAACUUCCGAGGCAACAUGCUUUUGUUACUGCAAACGUUGGAUCAGUUGAUGAAUUCAUUCACCAAACCAAUCAUUCCGAAAGAAGAACUACUUGGCAAUCUUCGACGAAACAAUCAGCAUGCGGACUGGCAAUGUUUAAAUCGUUACAUUCUGGUCACGAUGGCAACAUUAAGCAGUGGAAAUUACAGGAAUAUUGCAAAGCUUAUCAGCCGCUGGUAUCUAGGUGAAUCAGCUAAUGAUAAUGACAUUACUAUCGCUCUGCAAAACCAUCUUCAACGAGUUUGA